AUGGACCUCUACAAUGCCCGACAGGUCUCCACCACCUUUGCCGAUGAGUCUUCAUUGGCACCCACGUCCGUACCGCCGUCCCCUAUGGCGGCGGAGGGUGCGUCGCACGCAGGACGCAGCAGCACCACAGUCGAGUACGUUGACCACAGCGGUGCCCGACGGGCCAUCUCGCUGCUCUCCUGCACCGACGCGAGCAGAGGACAGAGCGCGACGGCCGAGGGGCACUGCAGCGGCAAAAGGCUCUGCGGACUGGAUGUCACCAAAGGCUGCCGCAGCUGCAUCGAUGACUCCUGCAAAGAGCAGCAGUGCGAGUACUUUUUAAAGCAGAAGUGUCCACUCAGUAUGGCGUGGAACCGGAUCGCAGGGGAUGCACCGUCGACGAUGGAGACCUUCGAAGAGCACGCAGCUCACUCCCUGCGCAGCUCCAACUCGAUUGCAAACCUGCAAAGUACGGCUUCGCGGGGGAGUCUGAUGGAGGGCAGCGAGCGUCGCGGCAACGCGCGCAUGCAGCGGACGCGGGCGGCUCCGACGGCACCCCGUACAAGGUGGAGUGAAGAUGCCCACGGUUCACGCACCGACGCCGCAGAGGAGGAGGGCGCGGCGGUCGUGGAAGCGGAGGAGGAAGAAGAGGCGGCGUGUGUGAUGCCACCCCCUCGCUUUGGGCACACUGCGGUGCUUUACAAGGACUCGCAAAUUGUAAUUUUCGGCGGCAAGGCGAACGACGAGCAUUACUACAACGACGUCUACGCCUACGACGUGGAGCGGCGCCGGUGGGCGAUGCUGCAGGCGGAGGACACGCAGGACGACGAAGCCACAGCCGCUACAACGACAACGCGAGGCGCGGAGGCGAGCGCGAGUGCUGCUCCGGCGGGGUCGCACCGCGUCUCUGCGAGGUUCUCUCCCUCCUCGACCGCCUCGACUCCCUGUGCAAGCCGUGAGAGCAGCGUUGUCGAUGAGCACCACAGUCGCUUCCACCCGCAGCACUCCAGCGACCGCGUUCGGGGCGCGGACGACGAGGACAACGUGCGAGUCUGCAGCAACGCGGACAUCUUCAUUCCCUUUGCGAUGCCCGUGGCCACGCGCACCGUCCUGCGCCCGUGCGGCCGUGUGGGUCAUGCCGCCGCGCUCUACCAGAGCACCAUGUAUAUCCUGAGCGGGGAGCGACAGGGCAAGUACUUCGACGACAUGUGGGCGCUCGACGUCCCGAGCCUGGCGUGGUCGAAGGAGUGCGGGCUGCCGUUCUCACCGCGCAAAGGGCACACCAUGCAUUUGCUGCCGGCAGAGUGCACGGCAACGCGAGCGCGCGAGGAUAUGUUUGUGGUGUUUGGCGGUCUGGUGAAGGCCUCCCGUGUGCACCCACGCCCCGCCGAUCCGGAGCUGCCCGCGCGCAACGCGGGGGAGCCGGACAUGAUGUGCGCCCCAACCAACGAGACGCUCCUGUUCUACCCAACGCAGCGGCGGUGGUGUCAGCUGAAGACCUGCGGCGACACACCGACCCCGCGCUUCUACCACGUCUCCCAGCUCGUGACGGGCACCACGCUGCUGCUGCUCUUUGGCGGGCGCACGGUGGACCCCACGCCGGUGGGCGUGACGACAGCCGCCAGCGAAGGCUCCUUCAUGAACGACCUGCGCAUGUUAGAUGUCUCCACGGGUGUGUGGCGGCAAAUCCGCGACGCUACCGGCGAUGUGCCCUCGCCUCGCAUGUGCGCCGCGAGUGUCUUUGUGAAUGGCACCUUUGCGGUCUUCGCCGGCGGCGGGGACGGGUACUGCAAGAACGCGUACGAGUUCCAGCUCGGUGCCAACCGCUGGCGCCGACUCACGCCGAACGACCAGCCCGCCUGCUCUCGCCCGACGGUGAUUUACGCGAAGGACCGUCUCGUCUUCUUUGGCGGCUUCGCCCCCCGCAUGGGUGUGUUGAACUGCACGAUGGAGCUCUGUCUCGCGCCGCUGUCCCUCAUGAAUCAGUGCCUGCUGUGGUGGAAUCGGUGCGCGUUUGAGAAGCACAUCCGCACCUGCACCCAGAACCGAAUUCUAGGGCAGGAGGAGAAGGCCGCUGCGAUGUCCGCGAUGGUGCGUUGCCGCAAAGCCAGCGGCGGUGGUGGGCGGCAAGUCACGCUGCGCCGCAGUCCCGCCAACUUCAGCUGCAGCCCAGUGCCCACGCCGCGGCAGUCGAUGGUGCAUCGCGCCACGCGACGGCCACCACCGUUUCACGCCCCGGGCUAUGACCACGUAAACUCGUGGAGCUCCUCCAUGACACCCCACGGCGGUGGUGGCGGCGGUGGUUGGUGUGACGUGUCGCUCGGGUCCCCGUCGCCUUCCUACGCGCCCUCCUCACCGGUUAUGUGCUCGCCGCUCUCAGGCGCCUCGCAGCUGCUGCCGUCGUGGCAGGAGGCCGUCAACACGAAGAGCAGCAACAGCGGUGGCGGUGGCGGUGCUGCUGCGGGGUACUACGGUGCGUCUUUCGCUACUGGAAGUUUCUAUCACCACGGCAGUCCCGCAACGGCCGCCGCCACGGCACCACCAGCCGCCCUGCGACCUGCGAGUGCGUUUCCCUCUCUCCCGGACACGGUGGUCUCCAGCCACGUCGGCACCCCGCCGUCCACUCGGCUUAGCACGUCAUCCACCACGCUGCUCUCCGUUACUGCCCCGUGGCCGCGUAAGACCGCUGGCCCGGCCCAGAGUGGGGGCCCGUCAGAUGCCGGCUUCCACCACCACCUCACGACCAUGCACAACAGCAAUUGCACCUACGCCGGUGCUACGGCGUCUGCAGGCGGGGCACCGCAGCCCGCGACGGCGGCCCCCGCGUGGGGUGACGGGAUGCAGCGCAACUCCGCCCGGUCCAGCGCAUCGGGUGUCACACCCGUCUCCUCCUACUCCACCUCCGCCUCCGCGCGCACGUCCUUCGUGGCGCCGGCGGACGGCGGGCAGGACUCGCACCCGCUGGCGUCACUCCGCGUGUCGCCGCGCGAGCCCGCAGACGGCGGCUGCCGCAUCAUGAACUGCAUGCGCAACAUCACCGGCUUCGCCGCGACGUCAUUUCCACGGUUCUACAAGUGUCUUCCAUCACCUGCGGGGCAGCGGACGAACAGCAGCAGCACCACCGGCAUCGGCAGGGGUGGCGGCUCCAUGCCGGCCUGCGCGUACUCGUCACAGCCGCCGUCUCGCGUGCGGUCCCCGGUCAACUCGCUCGUCGCCUCGCACCCGCUGCGCAUCGACGUGGAUGCGUGCUCGCCACCAUCGCCGCAGACAACGGAUAUGAGCGACUACCCGCUCUCCUCGCCCUUUGCGUACUCCGCUGCGGCUGCGGCGGCGAGCAGCGCGUUGCCCAGUCCCUUCUCCCAGCAGCAGCAGCAGCAGCGGCAGCAACCACCACGGCAGGCGUCGCCGCACUUUACGGAGUCAGCGUCGAGUCGGGCCUCGUCCGUGCACAGCCUGCGCUCCACAUCGCCCGAGACGGCGCCGCUGUCGCACGUCACACAGCUGAUUCAGCAGUUAGAGGGCCCGAAUGGACCUUUUGUGUUCCGUGCAAGGCCGGCCAGAAAGAAAGAGACCGGGCUCGAGUGA